AUGCUUGCCUUAGCACAUAAUCCUUCAUCUGAUUUUCCCCUGAGCAUUCAGCAUGCACAACUAUCAAAUUAUAUGAAUGUUGCAAGUUUUACAAUACUUGUAUAUAACUACUUUCUCUUAUCAAAGCACAAAACAUUGCUUUUCUGGCCACUAUCUUUCAAGUCACCAGUCAAAUUCCUGUUCAUAUGGGCUUGGUACAUGCCAUUCUUUGAUAUGGGUAUUUGUAUAUGGCAAUAUUGUAAGAAUUAUAAAACUCUUACAGAAUGCAGCUUUGCACUGAAAGGAGAUGGAUGGGCCACUAUGGCAGGAUUCAUUGCUGUAGAGGUUAUCCUCUGCAUCCGAACAUGGGUAGUCUGGAAUAAGUCUCGAGUGAUUGCAGUUGGCCUUUCAGCAUGGAUUGUCUCCGGUAUGACUGCCGCUUUGACUGUUAUGGGUCUUCAGCUGGACAAAAUCACGGGGUUGCUAUUACUGAUUAUAAUAAAAGCCAUCCAAAACUGGGAUACUCUCGAGUCUACAGAAUUUAACAGAAUAGUUUACCAGGACAUGCUCUCAGUUACAAAUAUUUCCUUAAUUCUAACAUUGCCUCUUCGAGCGCGUCUUACACUCAAUUCUGGCUACAAGGGUGAUAAUAGCGCUUUGUAA